AAGAAACAGAGUUACGUCCCUUGAUAGACAGUGACUCAGACUGCUAGGUGUCGCUUUCUACAGGUGCGAUUCGAAAACAUGGCGUAAGGUGUAACAUAUUUGGAAUGUUGACCAAAAACAUAGGAUACAUGGAGAUAUAGCGUUCAUGUUUAUACAGACCCCGGGUUUUAAUUGACAUUUUUUAGUUUUAUUUUAAAAGUUUAUUUUGAAAAACCAGCAAUCAUUGCAGGCACAGGUAAUCCCGGAAACUUCCCGACUGCGGAAGUUGUACGGACACCAAAAAUGACGGACCCUAUUUCGAACUUUUUGAAAAGCAAGUUGUUAGGGCUAGCGUCCUUGCUUUUGUUAAUCGCAUCCAUGGCCACGAUUACUGCUUGCCUUCUGCCGUUUUGGUUCAGCUUAAGGAUGCACCUGGCGUUUGUCGAGGACGAACGACCGGUGGCGCAACAAACCUCGGUGGACAGAACUAUCAACUGUGGCUUGUUCUUCUUGGACGAGAACAGGUUCAUUAAUACACUGAUGUUGGACAAGGCGGACAAUACUCACUUCAUGCCAGCCCUCCUUCGAGUCGCCCAGAUACUGUAUCUCCUUGGUAGUAGCGGAAUUGUGCUUUGUUGUGGGUCUGCAAUCAUCUUGGCGUUCAGACAGUAUGCCUCCCCAUCAGGAGAGAUGUUUCUGGCUGCUGGGGCCACUGGGUUUUCUCUGAGCCAAGUGAUCAGUUGUCUUCUCAUCAUUCUACACAUGGCAUUUUUCUCCCACUCCCCCUGGCAGAACUUCCCAGUGGCAGAUUACAUUACUCUCCGCUUCAACUACUAUACCAUCCUCAACGCCCACCCAGAUAUGAGCCUAAACUUUGGCUAUUUCAUCGCAGCUGGUGCGGCGCUAUUCAGCCUGGUGUCAGCUGUAAUGUUGUGGAUGCAGGCCUGCUGUACAUAUUGUCAUUUGAAACGUGUCAGGUAUCACAUGCUGAGGGAGAAACCAGAUUUGGGGUCUAGCCCCAUUCCAACCAAAGGCUCGUAUUUCAAUCCUGGAUUUGUGCGUACCUCCGCCCAGGAGUAUCCUGCCGUGGUCCAGGCUGUGCCGACGAAACAGUAUGUCCCACCAGUGCCGACUCCACAAUAUCGCUCGGCACUUGAUUAUGCACCAAACACUGGGUAUACUGGAGCUACGGAGUUGGAUUUGUAAAUUUUCCUCUGCAAUUUUUUCUGGACAGUAUUGACAUUUCUAUUUUAAAUCGUGAUUCAUUUCUAUACAGAACAUGUAGUCAUUCUACCAGUACAAAAUAUUUCUUUUGAUCUUGUCUUUUUGAAUAGUUUGUAUGACAGCAGUUUAUAUCGGUUCAUUGUAUUGAAUAUCAAAAAUGUAUACAUAUUACCAUGAUUUCAUUUAUACAUGUAAAUACAAUGCUAGUCAAGGGAUGCUAUCCAUCAUUAGGGUGUGGAAAUAAUGUGCUGGUUAUGUGAUUUAGCUUUACUGAAAAUGUCCAGAUUAAAAAAAAGAACAACAUUUGUGCCAUAAGUAACAGUGCUUGUAGAAAACGACCAUUUGAGAAAUUUUACACCAAAUUUAACUAUCCUCUUUUUCUGUCAGCUAAAAGGAUUCUCUUUGGAAUCAUUGUAGAAAUCUAUAUUCUAUAAGCACUUGUUUAAUUUUGGUUGUGAAUAUUUAUGUACACAAGUCUGUAUCACAAUGGGAGCACCGAUCCUCGACUCCGACUCACUAAGCAUCCUGCAAGUUGUACGUCGUACAGUGGAGGUAAUUAGGGUGGCAAGUUAACUCGCACUGACAAUCCCCUUUACCUGCAAUGAGUACAGGACUUCAGAUGCUAGUAAUGGCACCUUUUUUAAUAAUUCGGUUUACAAAGAAGACUUCCUCCAAGUCUGCAGAUGUCACAACUUGAAAAUGCUUCCGAUGUCUUUGUAUCUGUAUUUGGUCCAUAUCAUUACAUGUAUUUUUCGCCAUUUGUAAUUAGAACAUUCCAAAUAUGUCUUUUAUAUAUAUAUCCAUGCUGUAUUUUAUAGACAUCUAAAUAAACAAGUUGUAUAAGAA